AUGUCGCAUCAUUAUCGUAUUAAUGGAUCAAUGCUUCAACAAUUCAAUGAAAAACCAGUUAGUAUUAUUGGUACAGUUACUAAGAUUCAUCCAUCAGGUAAUAUAAUCGAUUUGGAAACAAGUGAUAAACAACAUAUUGUUGUACGUUUAUCAGAACAGGUUGAUGUAAAUGCUGGUAGUAUUAUUGAAGUACUUGGAAAUGUUGAUAAUCGAAAUCAAAUUGUUUGUGAUACUAUUGUAACAUUUGAACCUGAACAAACGGCUAAUUUUGAUAUGGAUAUGUAUAAUCAAGCUGUCAUGCUUUUUCAACAUUAUCCUCAAGACUAUCUUGUUAAUCUUUGA